CGCUCCUCUCAUCGGAUGAUCCUCCUCGGUGGGACGGUCGGUCGGCUUCACUGGGUGUCAGAGGCAACCUGACAGUCCAUUUUAAAACCCAAUCAAAACUGUACAUCAGCUCGGAUGUAUUAAUUUAUAAGUCUAUUUAGAUUUAAAUUUAAGGAGUGACAUACCGUCGUGAAUGGAGUAUCACAUCCUGCAAAAGGUCCGUUUUUCUCCCAUACCAUCGCCUCCGAGGAAAUUUGACCCUCAGCUGCAGGAGGAGCGCUGUCGAGCCGAACAUUUUUCUCCACCGUCAUCCGAUCUGACACUAUAUCCAAUGGUUAACGCAUAACAGCCAUCACACCGCACGACACGGACCUUUUCCCCCAGGAUACCCAAUUUUUAGUCACAAAAUGGCAGUUUUCAGCUCACAGGUGCUUCUCGCUGUAACAAGAUCAAGAGGAUCCUACUUGCUUUCUAAAAGACAUGGCUGUGCUUCGCUCCCGUCGACUGCAUGCAUACGCUACAAUUCGGAGUUCCUCGGACGGACUGCCGUCACAGCCAGGUGCCCCAGGCCGCUGUAUCCAUGUUACACAUCCAACUUGAUCCGCCCCGGUUGCGUAGCUGCACGUCCCCUCCACAGCUCUUGUGCUUGGCUGCAAGAGGCCAAGGACACCGCUGCGGGUUCUGAACCCAUAAAGGGUGACACUGUCCCGGCUGCCUCUGGCACUCAUCCACCGCCAGCACCCCCAGCAGUGCCAAGGAAGUCUCUGGGACAGAAGGUCCUGGAUGAGCUCAAACAUUACUAUCAUGGCUUCCGCCUUCUUGGCAUCGACACCAAAAUCGCGGGCAGGAUGGUCUGGAGGUUACUGCACGGGCAGCUGCUCACCAGGAGGGAGAGGAGGAGGCUGAUGCGGACAUGUGCCGACUUGUUCCGGCUCGUGCCCUUCAUGGUCUUUGUCAUCGUUCCCUUCAUGGAGUUUCUGCUUCCCGUAUUCCUCAAACUCUUCCCAGAAAUGUUGCCUUCCACAUUUGAGACAGAGUCUAAGAAGGAGGAAAAACAGAAGAAGGGACUUGCUGCUAAACUGGAGCUGGCCAAGUUCUUGCAGGAGACCAUUGCUGAGAUGGCCAGGAGGAAUAAAGCAGCUGUUGGAGACGAGACUCAGAGGUUCUCCACUUAUGUACAGCAGGUGCGGCACACUGGUGAACAGCCCAGCACUAAAGACAUUGUGAAGUUCUCCAAGCUCUUCGAGGAUGAGCUGACGCUGGAGCAUCUGGAGCGGCCGCAGCUGGUGGCGUUGUGCAAACUCCUGGAGCUGCAGCCCAUCGGCACCAAUAACCUGUUGCGUUUCCAGCUGAUGAUGCAGCUGCGCACCAUCAAGGCCGACGAUGAGAUGAUCGCCACAGAGGGUGUGGCCGCAAUGAAUGUAGCAGAGCUUCAAUCUGCCUGCAGGAGUCGCGGCAUGAGAUCUUUGGGUCUGACGACAGAUCAGCUCCGACAGCAGCUACAGCAGUGGCUGGACCUACACCUGAAAGAGAACGUCCCACCAUCCCUCUUGCUGCUCUCUCGUGCAAUGUACCUGACGGACCUCAAUCCUAAACCUCCAGUCAUCCCACCGGUGCCCAAACUGGAGAAAGCCACUCCUCCUGUGGAGGCCGAAACGGCAGCCAAAGGGAAUCCACUGUCCUCCUCAGUGGAGGUGCUGGUGGACUCCGCUCCAGUCAUCAAAGACAGGAAGUCAGAAGAAUUGUUGGAGAAACCCAGAGGGUUGGACAUGCCAUCACCCGAAGCUCAGUUAAUACAUGCUAAGGAGGCAGAGUUGGCACAGAAAUCCAAGAUGAGUGCCAAUGGGAUAUGAGAGGGGCUACAUGUUUCCACAUUCACCUUAUUCUGUUGGAGAAGAGGGUAGAGGUUUGAGUUUGGCCUCUUCCACCACUGCUGCUUAUGCUGAGGAAGCAUCUCUCUGACGGUUGACCUGAUGGACUAGCCACAUCACAUCCUCCAUUGACAUCUGUUCCUCAAAAAAUGAGGAAAAUGGUUUAUGUUAGAACUUAGACAUCACUCCUGCUUGACAUCCGUGACGUGUUUACAUCUCUCAUCCCCCUGAAGAUUUGAGGAAUUCUGUAAAUUUGCAAUCAAGCAAAAAGAAAAAGCAUCAAGACUCGGUCCAGCCAGGAAAUGAAUAAGGAACUUGCCAGAUUUGCCUCUUUUUGCUGAACUUCAUUAUGUAAAUGUGUAAAUAAAUUGUACAAUACCUGCAUAUUAUAUAAGUGCUACUACUUCAUACAGUCGGCUGUGCCAUAUGUGUAGGCUAAAAGGUGAGUCAUAUUAUUUUAAUAUGAGGAAUGCAUAUGUUUGCAUUCUGGAUUUAGUUUGGCAGAUGAAUUGUAAAUGGCCAAGUAUGUGGGUAUUUUUUUUUUUUUUAUUAUUUGAAAAUUUCAAAUUCCCUUUUCUAAGGGAAUUUUACAUUCACUCCCUCAGGAGAUGCGUUUAGCAGUGUAGCGAAUCAUGCCAGGCCUGCCUAUGGCAGACUUUGCAGUUUGGCACAAAAAAGUUUUAUUAUAAAGUAUUUAAUUUGUUCAUUGGUAUGCUGUGUCCCCCUUUGAAUCAUGAAUUUAAAUUUUCCUUGGCAGAAAUUUAAUUCUGAAUUGGAGCCAAAAGACUGUUUAUGUUUCACUUGUGGUGAAAAUGAUUCAAAAUUCCCCCCAAAGAGAAAUGUUUAUUUUUGAUUAAUGUACUGUUUGGAUUGUUAUUGCAUUUCAUGUUGCACUGGAUAAACCUGCGGAGGGAAAACAAUAUCGUAUGGCAAUAAUUUUCCAUUUAAAGAGCAUUGAAUCCCCCAGGUGUUUGCUUUGUUUAUCCCAUAGCCUUAAUUUGACUGUAAUCUUAGCUGAAUUUACCUCUUCAAACCGCCCUGUCCCACUCUGUCCUGGUGCACUUUUUUAUGUUGAUCAAUUGUGUAAGAUUGAGGUAAAACUGCCUCUCAUUGCGUGAAGCAGAUUACCAUCUUUGACCACUGUACAGUCGGGAAGUAAAGGUGCUCGAUGCUCAUGCCUCUUCUAAACAUUCAAGUGCUACACAUCUGCUAUUACCCCAUUUAUUUAGUGUAAUUUGAACAAAUGCAACAUUUUUGUUUCCAAAAUUGACAAAUUAAAGGGUCAAAUUCACUCUUA